CCCGGCUGCUCCGCGCUGGGCUCGGGAGGGGGGCGGCUGCGGGUGGAGGUGCGCUUCUGACAAGCCCGAAAGUCAUUUCCAAUCUCAAGUGGACUUUGUUCCAACUAUUGGGGGCGUCGCUCCCCCUCUUCAUGGUCGCGGGCAAACUUCCUCCUCGGCGCCGCUUCUAAUGGAGCCCCACCUGCUCGGGCUGCUCCUCGGCCUCCUGCUCUGUGGCACCAGGGUCCUCGCCGGCUACCCAAUUUGGUGGUCCCUGGCCCUGGGCCAGCAGUACACAUCCUUGGGCUCACAGCCCCUGCUCUGCGGCUCCAUCCCAGGCCUGGUCCCCAAGCAGCUGCGCUUCUGCCGGAAUUACAUUGAAAUCAUGCCCAGCGUGGCCGAGGGAGUGAAGUUGGGCAUCCAGGAGUGCCAGCACCAGUUCCGGGGCCGCCGCUGGAACUGCACCACCAUAGAUGACAGCCUGGCCAUCUUCGGUCCUGUCCUGGACAAAGCCACCCGCGAGUCGGCCUUCGUGCACGCCAUCGCCUCUGCCGGCGUGGCCUUCGCCGUCACGCGCUCCUGCGCCGAGGGCACCUCCACCAUCUGCGGCUGCGACUCGCAUCACAAGGGGCCGCCCGGCGAGGGCUGGAAGUGGGGCGGCUGCAGCGAGGACGCCGACUUCGGGGUGCUCGUGUCCCGGGAGUUCGCGGAUGCGCGCGAGAACAGGCCGGACGCCCGCUCGGCCAUGAACAAGCACAACAACGAGGCGGGCCGCACGACCAUCCUGGACCACAUGCACCUUAAAUGCAAGUGCCACGGGCUGUCAGGCAGCUGCGAGGUCAAGACCUGCUGGUGGGCCCAACCCGACUUCCGCGCUAUCGGCGACUUCCUCAAGGACAAGUACGACAGUGCCUCGGAGAUGGUGGUGGAGAAGCACCGUGAAUCCCGUGGCUGGGUGGAGACCCUCCGCGCCAAGUACGCGCUGUUCAAGCCGCCCACCGAGAGGGACCUGGUCUACUAUGAGAACUCCCCCAACUUCUGCGAGCCCAAUCCCGAGACGGGCUCCUUUGGCACCAGGGACCGGACUUGCAAUGUCACCUCUCACGGCAUCGAUGGCUGCGACCUGCUGUGCUGUGGCCGUGGUCACAACACGAGGACGGAGAAGCGGAAGGAGAAAUGCCACUGCAUCUUCCACUGGUGCUGCUAUGUGAGCUGCCAGGAGUGCAUCCGCAUCUACGACGUGCACACCUGCAAGUAGGGAGCCAGGGGGCACUGGGAACGGGUGAAGCGAGCGGCUGGGCAGAUGCGCCGGAGCCGGCUCGGCCGCCCCGCAGCACGACGG